AUGCCAUCCUUGUUUUCAACAGGAGCGAAGGUUAGAGUUGAGUGCAAGUCGAGAUCUACUGGGGCCCAGACAUGCAGCUUCGAGGGUCACACCGACCACACCGGUACCUACAACAUUCCUGUGGCCGACGAGCAUGAGCACGAGCUCUGUGAGUCUGUCCUCAUCAGCAGCCCAGACACGGCGUGUGCCAAGACAGUUGCUGGGCGGGAGAGGGCCCCUGUCUUCCUCAACAACAACAACGGCGUCGCGUCCAACGUCCGGUUGGCGAAUGCUCUGGGGUUCGAGAAGGACACCCCUCUGGCUGCAUGCACGCAGAUCCUCAAGAUGUAUGAGGAGGUCGACGACCGUGUCUGA